AUGGAUCCGUCGGUGGCGAAGCGGAUUUGCCACAUGAUACGAGCCGCCUACUUCAUGAUCCUCAAGGGCUUGAUCAGCAAGCCCAAGCUCACGAUCCACCUCCACCUCCUCCUCAGGCGCGGCAAGCUCGCCGGGAAAGCACUCACCAACUCACUCCUCCUCCACCGCCGCCGCCACCAUCUCUCCAGCGCCGACAUCACCGGCCUGUCGGACUUGAUCUCCUUCUACGACCCUGGAGACGUGGAGUUCAGCUGCGACAACACGCCCUCCCCCGCCUUCUCCUUCCUGUCCGCUGCCAAGCGCCUCAAGAGUAGUCGGCGCGGCCGGCAACAAGACUUCGCCCUCGACGUCCACCUGGCCGCUGCUCUGGCGAAGGAGCUCGAGGUGCUGGGAUCGGCGUCGCCUGUGCCUGCAGGAUGGAACCAGAGGAGCCCGGCGCCGCCGCAACUGAGGGUAACGGACUCGCCGUUUCCGGAGACGGAGGACGAGGUGGAGGAGGAGGAGGAGGAGGAGAAGGACAGCGACCGUGUGGAUCGGGAGGCGGAGGCGUUCAUUCGGCGGUUCUACGAGCAGUUGCGCCUGCAGCAGUGCGUCGCCACGGCGACGCCGGAUCGAGUUUAA